GUUGCAGCAGCGCACGCAGUCAGCCGUGGCGUCCUGUCUCUGCGUGUCUGCAUCUUCCCUUCUUCUCCGGCGAGGCCCCGCCCGCCCGCCGCGCACGCAACCGCACCGCAGCUCCCUCCCCCAGCGACGAAUUGGGUUCCGCCGGCCUCCCCGUCCCCGCCGGGACGAACAAGACUGCAGCUGCAAGAGGACUCCAUCCAUUCCACUUCCCAGCGCUAAUUAAGGUCAAGCACAACGCAUAGUCUCGCGGGCGCGGGGAUCUCAUUCUCAUCCGCCCAGCCUGGCUCUCAGCCCCGCGCGGAUUCAGCAGCAGCUGCAGCAGCAAGGGCAUGUGACGCCGCCGCAGGCAAUGUGCUCCGACAUGGAUCAGCACCACGCAACCAGGGAGGCUGCCUCAGACGUUUUAGAUGCUAAUGGCGACCAUCGAAAUAUGCAUGCUGCACAUCAUCUUGGACAAAAUAGGCCUGGGGACACCAAUAAUAAUAAUAAUCACAUAAAACAUCCAUCAACGGAUGACAAUUUUUCCUCCAAUGCUUCAUCGCACAAGCAUGGCCGUAUGAGCCGCCAUCCAUCUACAUCUUCUGUCGACGACCGCUCUGUCAAGUCUGGGGAUGAUUCCGAUGGGGCUGAGAGUACAAAUGGUGCCAAAGGCAGCGACACAGAGAUUUCACACCUGCUAAAUCAUUCCAUCUGGAUACCACCUCAAGCGGCAGAUAAGGAGGAUGAGGCCGAGAGCUUUGAUGACGACGACGAUUAUAGCGACGGAAUCAAAUGGGGCCACUCGAGUUUCCCAUCCCCUGGCAAGGAAGAUGAGGCCAGCCCAAGCAAUCCAAGGGAGGAGCGAGAAAAGGCCAUGCUAGAAGCUAUGAAUGGCCAGCUCAAGAUACUUGUAAGCCGCUUCUUGGCAUCGGCUGGCAUCUCUUCUUCCAAGGAAGAGGGUAGCGACAGUUGGCUUGACAUUAUCACCUCCCUAUCAUGGGAAGCGGCGCUACUUAUUAAACCCGAUGGUACCAUGGGAAAGGACAUGGACCCUGGAUCUUACAUCAAGGUCAAAUGCAUAGCAUCUGGUACUCGCCGGCAAAGUGAGGUGAUCAAGGGGCUAGUCUUCAAGAAGAAUGCUGCUCAUAAGCACAUGCCGACCAGUUGCCACAGUCCUAGGCUUCUACUUCUUAAAGGAGUCCUUGGGCAUUCUGAUGUUGGUUUGUCAUCAUUUAAUUCAAUGGAUCAGGAAAAGAACCUUUUGGAGAGAGCUAUUGGUAAAAUGAUGGAGAUAUGCAGUCCUAAUGUUGUUCUGGUUGAGAAAACUGUUUCACGAAACAUUCAAGAACUUCUUCUGAAAGAGGGUGUCACUCUAAUUCUUGAUAUGAAGCUCCACAGACUAGAGAGAAUUGCACGUUGUACGGGUUCUCCCAUAAUCUCAUUUUCAGAAGUUUUAGACAAACCAAAGCUGAAGAAAUGUGAUUACUUCCACAUUGAGAAAUUUACUGAGGAGCACAACACGACCAGUGAGGGUGGAAAGAUGCCAUCUAAAACGUUAAUGUUCUUGGAAGGCUUUCCAUGCCCUUUGGGUUGCACGAUAUUGCUUAAAGGAGCAAAUAGCGAUGAAUUGAAGAAAGUCAAGCAAGUCAUGCACUUCACAGUCUUUGCUGCAUAUCACUUGAUCCUUGAAACUUCUUUCUUCGAAGACCAAAGGGUCUUUCUAAAUGAUAAAAAUAUUCCAAAAGAAAAUUAUGUUAGUGCUAUGGAAGGGUUAUCAACAAGUGCUUUUGAUCUUGCUGCUCUUGGUGGUGCUAUCCCUAACUUUCCUUCACAUGAUGACUCUCCAGCACUUAGAUUGUUCCAUGCCACUUCUAAUCGCUAUGUUGAUGUGAACAAAACUUUGAGAUCUCCGAGAAAUGUAGAGUCACCGAGUUCAAUAACCGGCAGCUCUGAUCUUCAAGAAGGUGCAUGCAUCCGGUAUGACUCAAGUCCAUCCACUAAUUCUGAGAGGACAGCAUCAGAAGUCCCAGGUCCGCUGAGGAAAUUGUUCGCUGACAAUUUAUGUCACCAGAAUAUUUAUUUACCUGUUACAUCAUUGCAAGAGACAAAUGAUAAACAGAAAGAAGUCAGGGUUCAAUCCAGCCAAGAAACUAUUAGUAAUGGUUUCCAUAGGGCAAAGGUGGAAGAGUCCGCGGUUUCCAGUGAAAAUGGGGAGUCCACAAAUGAUACCCAGAAACAAGAGAUUAAUCAAGCAAUCAUGCGAACAGGUUCUUCUGCAAGUGAUAAAAGUGGAGAAUCACCUGCCAUGGUAGAAAACGGAGCACACUGUGGCACCAGUAUCGUUAUCAAAGAGAAAGAUGUUGACGAUGAUCAAGCUGACGAUGCACUUGAUUCUCACAGCAUACUGAUUUUGAUGUCUAGCCAGUGCACGGAAAAGCAGAUUAUUUGUGAACAGAGCCACUUAACCCGUAUAAAAUACUAUGGGAAUUUUGAUGUGUCAUUGGGGCGGUAUUUGCAAGACAUUUUGCAGAAUCAGAAACUGAGCUGUUCCUCAUGUGGAGAGCCUCCAGAAUCUCACAUGUACUCCUACACUCAUCGAAAUGGAAAUUUGACCGUGCUAGUAAAGCGGCUCAAGCCCCAACACCAUUUGCCUGGCGAAUCUGAAGGAAAAAUAUGGAUGUGGACUAGGUGCUCAAGAUGUGAUCACGAACAUGGGAUAUCCAAAUCUACUCCAAGAGUAUUAAUAUCAGCUGAAGCGCGCAAUCUCUCAUUUGGGAAGUUCCUGGAACUUAGUUUUUCGAGCCACUCUGCAGCCAGGAGGUUAUCCAUAUGUGGACAUUUGGUGAACAGAGAUUGCUUGCGCUUUUUUGGGUAUGGUACACAAAUUUAUUUUGCAUUUACAAAUGAUUUGAAUAGAAGUAACUUCUUGAUAGCCUUUAGGCUGUGGCAUGGCAUUCCCAAACUAUCGUUUUUCCAUUUUGGUGAUGUAUACAUUCUGUUUUGUACUGAUUUCAGGUUGGGCUCUAGAGUUGCUAUGUUCCGGUACUCAUCAGUUGAAAUUUACACUACCUGCAAACCACAACCCACUCUACAGUUCGUCAACCCCAUCAGACAGGAGUGGUUCGAAGGACAAAGGAGACAUGUUCAUGCUAGAGGUAUGACACUUUACUCUAAGGUUGCAGCCUUGCUACAAAAGUUGAAGAAUGAACAUCCUGAUGCGAUAACAGUUGCAAUCAAUUGUGGCCUCUCACUCCCUAUUAAGGACUUUACUGAACUCGAUGAGUUGUUGAUCAAAGAAAAGGCUAGCUUUGAGGGUUCUCUGGACAAGGCCAUUGACCAUAAUGGGAGACCAUCCUCAUCUGUGCAUGAACUUUUGAAUAUAAAUUGGUCCUAUCAGGACCUUCUACUUAGACUUUACAUAUGGGACCGUCGUCUGCAUCAACUGUUCUACUGUAAAUCUGUUGGGCUACAAACUGCUCCUAAUUGCAAGAAUCCUGCUGAUAUUGUGAAUGAGAUUUCUGAUGGGAACUUUGAAAUUGGAAAGAAAACCAGUGGAUUCACAAAUGAUGAAACUAUGACAGCUUUUGUGGCAGCCACUGCCACCGAGUCUGCAGUUAACAAACUUUACCUUGACCAUCAAUCAGGUGAGACUGGAGCAACCUUGCCUGAUGAAAGUCCGGAAGCUGGGGACUCUGAACUUUCUUGCAAUGGAGGCAGUAAAGAUGAAGAAUCUUCCAUUGUUCCUGGUCAAAUAGACAUAGAUAGCACAACAGAAGCCCCAAAAGGUCCUUGUUUUGAGAUAUCCAAUGAGAAGGGGGUCCAGGGAAAUGUUACUGUGGCAGACCCAACACAUGCAGAACAUGAGCCUUCUACCCAACAAUUCAGAUAUCCUUAUUGGGAUGACAAAGAAAGGUGGAUUUGGAAUCCAACUCACGAAUCUCAGUUGGCUUACAGAAAUGACAUUCAAGAUGGAUAUUUGGACAAAUUUGAUAUCAUUAACCAUUAUAAACCAUCUUACCUGCCUCCCUUGUUUGAAGAACAAGACGAGGCAUACCCUCCACAGUUCACAGUUGGUCCAGGUAGUAAUAUUCUGUGUGUACAGGAGGAUGAGAUAUCAAGCAUAAUAGCUCGUGCUCUUGCCAUGUCUGAUGAACGUCACCAUUCAAGAGAUUCCUUUUUUGAGAAUGAGAUGGAGAACUCCAGGGCAGAGCAUGCUAGAAUGAUGGAGAAAUCCUAUAGUUUUCUGUCUGCAAGUUCUUACAACUCAUCACAAUGGUCAUCUGCUGGAUCUCAAGAAUAUGAAACAGGCUUCUCAUCUCUCUCUACAGUUUCAUCUGACGAUUUUUCUGGUUAUGAUAGCUCAUCUUUAUUGUCCUCAGCACAUCCAGAAAUGACCGUCAACGGGAAAGUAACUUUCAGAGACAAAUACUCAGUCACUAGUAUAUAUGCUAAUGAAUUCUAUGAACUACGAAAGAAGUGCUGCCCAUCUGAGCUUGCAUAUAUUACUUCUUUAAGCCGCUGUAAAAAGUGGGAUGCUCAGGGUGGAAAGAGCAAGGCGUUUUUUGCAAAGACAAUGGAUGACAGAUUCAUCAUAAAGCAAAUCAAGAAAACAGAGUUUGAAUCGUUUAUUGAAUUUGCUCCUCAUUACUUCCAGCAUGUUUUCCAUUCUCUGGACACUGGAAGCCAAACUUGCCUUGCUAAAAUAUUAGGAAUCUAUCAGGUUAAGCAAAUUAAGCAUGGCAAAGAGGUAAAGAUCGACCUGAUGGUGAUGGAGAAUCUUCUCUUUGGCCACAAUAUUUCACGGAUUUAUGACCUUAAAGGUGCUACUUUUUCGCGGCGUGUCACUGAUUCAAAUGACCGUGACACUGUUUACCUGGACCAAAACUAUGUUGAGGACAUGGGUGUUUCUCCAAUCUAUAUUGGUGGAAGAACAAAGCAUCUUUUGCAGCGUGCAAUCUGGAAUGACACAUCUUUCCUCACUUCGGUCAACGUCAUGGACUAUUCUCUGCUUGUGGGAGUGGAUAAACAAAAGCACGAACUUGUGUUUGGCAUCAUUGAUUAUCUGAGGCAAUAUACUUGGGACAAACAACUGGAGACAUGGGUGAAGACUUCUCUGGUAGUACCCAAGAAUGUUUCGCCAACAGUAAUUUCCCCCAAGGAGUACAAGAAAAGGUUUAGGAAGUUCAUGGCGAAGUACUUCCUCACAGUUCCAGACACUUGGAGUCCUGAUAAUCCUAAGCAAUGCAAAUCCAUUGGUCAUAGCAAUCGCAAGUCGUUAGAAGUCCAGAAUAGUGAUAGCCAGCUUCAGCAUCCAAAUGAGGCUGAGGCAUGUACCUGAUCCUAUGCAGGACCUCCUGGCAGUUAUCUUGAAGCCUAUUUAGUUAUCAUUGGGCUAAUUUUUACUUUUGUAAAAUGGUGUACAUAGGAGGACCUCACUGUUGAUCUAUCCAAAAGUUUGCAGCUUUUAGGCAAAUUGUUGGGGCACAUGAGGUCCACAAGACGUGUACCUAUACAAAUGUUCAUUGUUAAUUUCACAAUUAUUAUAGUGAAAUUUAAAAAAAAAUCAUAUGAUCA